AUGGCUUUUAUGGAAAAGAAAAUUAAUGAGACUACUUCGGAAUUAUCAAGAAUUAAGAAGAAAGCGAUUGAUCUGGAAAGCAGAAGUCGCAGGAUGAAUUUACGCAUACUGGGUUUGCCUGAAAAUACGGAAUUCGAUAUGAAUACAUUAGAUGCACCUAUUAAACAAGAGGAAAUAGCAAGGAUGGAGGGUAGUGAAACUGCACCAGAGGAAAAUCGUCGUACUGGAAGACGCUGCACCCCCAGGCGCCCAAAGCUCAAUGGUUGGAGCUGGCCACCACAUCCCUAUCAGAUAUUGGCUUGGUCAGCCUACUUGUAUUUUCUUAUCGUUGUAGUUGGUGUACUUAUCCCUCUUCUUCCACGGCAUUGGAUACCUGCUGGCUACAUUUAUUUUGGUGCUGCUUUUACUUGGCACUUAGGUUUUUAUGUGAUUGCGGCCACCGUUGACCCAGCUGAUGAUAACGUUCGGCUCAAGAGACGUAAAAAAUUACCCCCAGUGUUUCGCUGCCGAACACACAAACCUAUACUCCGGAAAAGUUACUGCCUGCUUUGUGAAGUUGACGUGGGUUACAGGGCCAAGCACUGCAGACAAUGCAACAAGUGUGUCUGUAAUUUUGAUCAUCAUUGUAAGUGGCUCAACAAUUGUGUAGGAAGCAGAAAUUACCGGUACUUCCUGAACUGUGUUAUCAUUGCUCUCCUUGGUAGUGUGGUAAUCGUCAUCAUUUCAGGCUUUGUGCUUGUUGCAUUCUUCAUCAAUCCAAACCUGCUUCGAAGCAACCCAAAAUUUGAAUCGGUAAAUGAUGCAAAUACCUGGCUUGCAUUUCUGCCAUAUUUUUCCGUUCGGAUAAACGCACCUACUCUUCUUGUUCUCGCUGUGGUCACUAUUGGACUAAGUCUGAUUGCACUGAUACUUUUGUGCUACCUUCUGUUCUUCCACUUCUACCUCAUGUGGAACCGACUAAGCACUUACGAAUACCUACUUCUGUACUCUCGACGUCGAAGGUCAGAAAAUGAUGAAGUAGAAGCUCCACGAUUGAGACCUAUUCAGAGGAUAAAAAACAUGGCAUCUCGUCGAAAGGGUAGUGUUCACGUUCACUUUGAAAGCACCUCAACAAAUGGGUCAGGAUCAGAGAAUCACGGGGAUGGCUUCAGGACAGAGGAUGAAACUUUGCCAGCAGUUCCUUCUAAUCAUAAACAAGUCAAGAUAAAGAAGAUUUUGCAGAUAAAGAAGAUUUCGCAGAAAAAACGAAGACGUCAAAUGGCUGCAGGUAGAAUUAGACACAAGGCUGCAAUCCGCACCACUAAAGGACCGUUUCCACGUUCUCAACUACCACCAGCUCUUGUGCCUGCUUUUCAGACUUCAGUGCUCUCUCUCCAAACCUUCCCAUCGAUGGAUUAUCUGUCUGCGUUAUCAAUGAGCACUGUCCGCUCCGUGCGGGCUGCAGGACCUCCAGGUGAGUACCAUUCAGAUUCUGCAGAGUCCAUGAAUGAAAUCCCGGUGGUCCAGACAAGACUAGGCAGUGCAGCCAUGGCCAUGCAGACCAGCACAACCUUCCACAACACAGAGGACUCCUUUGGAAAUUCCCUUCAGACUGCAAUUUCCGAAGAGCGCCAGAAGAAAACACCAGAUCAGCCAACUACAGGCAAAACAUCGAACGGCUUGGAUCCAAGAGAUCUGCCUGUGAAUGACAGGCACAAGAGUGAUGAAAUGCCUCUUCCUGAAUAA